GCGGCGUCACCGGCCGUCACAUGAACGCCGCCAUCAGUCGCGCGAGGCAGGACCAGCAGGACAAGCAGGCCGAGCCGCACGCGCCGUUUCCUUCCACUUUUUGAACCCCGAGCGGAAUUCCGACGCCGACAUGUCUUCGACAGACCCCACGGACGCCCUGCUCCAGGGCGAGCCCAUCUACACGCCCUUCAUCGGCGUCAUGGGCGUCGCCGCCUCCAUCGUGCUGAGCUCGCUCGGGGCGUGCUACGGCACGGCCAGGUCCGGCGCGUCCAUCUCCGCCGUGGGCGUCAUGAAGCCCGAGGUGGUCAUGAAGAGCAUCAUCCCCGUGGUCAUGGCGGGUAUCGUGGCCAUCUACGGCCUGGUGGUGGCCAUCCUCAUCAUCACCAAGCUGGGCACCCCGCCAGAGUACACCAUGUUCAGAGCAAUAGUGCACCUUGGCGCUGGCCUGGCCUGCGGCGGGUCGGGCCUGGCCGCGGGCUACGCCAUCGGCGUCGUUGGCGACCACGGCGUGCGGAACUCGGCGCUGGAGGACAAGCUCUUCAUCAGCAUGGUCCUCAUCCUCAUCUUCGCCGAGGUGCUGGGGCUGUACGGCCUCAUCCUGGCCGUGUUCAUGUACGCCAACAGCUCCAACUAGAGCCGGACCACGCGAAGGACGAGGAGUUUGAACACCGCGAGAAAAGCCUUACUUGUAUAUACUUGUAAAAAAAAUGUAUUUGUAAACUUAAGUAUUGAUUAAUAAAAAUCCAUUCCCCGCCUCA